AUGUCUCUCCCCACACUCAACCACGUCUUCACAAUGGCCAUCACCCCCAAGCCGCCCGUCAACACCGGCGCAACCCCCCGCGGAAAAGCCAACUGGUUCGAAAUCACCGGCGGCAAAAUCACCGCCGACGGCGAACACAUUGCCGACGUCCUCAGCGGCGGAGGAGACUACCUCACCCGCUACGUCGAGGACAAUGUCGCCGAGGUCGACAUGCGGCUCGUAGCCCGGGACUCUGCGGGGGACUUGCUUCGCUUCACCGUGUCUGGGUAUGAUUAUCUUGAUAGAGCUACGAUGUUGGCGUUGGAUGGGAGGGCUGGGGAGGAGGAGGAGGAGGAGGAUGUGGGUGGUGGUGGCAGCAGCAGCAGCAGCAGCAGCAGGUCGGGUGUUGCGGAGCCUUUUGGGUUUGAGGUAUUGAAGUGUACUACUGGGAGUGAGAGGUUCAGAUGGUUGAAUUUUGCGGUUCUGCUUGCGCGGGUCAAGUUUGUUGUGGGCGAUGCGGGCAUUGAGAGUGUGGUUUAUACCGUCUAUGAGGUGACCAACUGA